AUGCUGUCGCACCAGGAGGUCAGCAUGGAUUGGUCGAUGAUGGGCUGGGAUCUGACUCGCGAUGGGCAGCUCCAGUCCUGCGUGUACGAUACCCAAGACUACGACAACUACGCCUGCAGCGACUUCGUGUCCUUCGCGGCAACGGAGGAAACCGCCGCCGACGGCGAUGCCACCAACAGCGGCGGUGACGGAGGAGAGGGCGGCACGGUUCUUGCUUUGGUUCUCGUGGGGGGUCUGUUUUCCGGCCUGGUGGCCUGGCUGGCCAUCACCUCGUCCCGCCGCAAGCAAAGGAGGAGGUGGCUUGGCACGGCGAAUGAGGCGGAAGCCCUCCCGGAGGACACCUUCAUCCGCCUUUCGGGCCCCUACUCCGGCUUCCAUUGAUGAUUAUGGUGACAACGAAUUAUUGUCCUUCUCGUUCUUGCUUUGCUCUUGAUCGUGAUAAUCAGCGUCUCUCGG